GAGAGAACGGUGAAAUCUCGCGAUGUUUGGAGAGACAAGCGCACCAGUUGAUAACGUUUGAGUUAACUGUUUAUGUGUCAGCGUAACAGAUUUGCCGGGCACUACAGCUAGAUAUUAUCUAUAUCGGGGUCCGACGAAGGGAAAUAAAUAACAAUAACAGUGGAGAUGCAGCCUGCAACAGCGAAGUGGUAUGACAGAAGGGACUCUGUGUUUGUAGAGUUCUGCGUGGAAGACAGCAAAGAUGUGCAACUAAAGUUUGACAAGUUAAAGUUUGACUUCAGCUGUUUGAAUGGAGCAGAUAAGGUCAAACUCCACAAUACAGUGGACCUUUUUGGGGAGAUUGACCCCAAAGGAUCCAAACACAGACGCACUGACAGGUCUGUGUUGUGUUGUUUACGAAAAGCAGAGGCUGGGAAAUCAUGGCCACGACUCACCAAAGACAAGUCAAAGUGCAACUGGCUGAGUGUGGAUUUCAACAAUUGGAAAGACUGGGAAGAUGAAUCAGAUGAGGACCUGUCAAGUUUUGACAAAUUCUCAGAGGUAAGAAUGCCAAAUAUGUACACUGUCAAAAUUGUUAGUACGUUCAGUUACACUGCACAAGGCACCUGUGGUGCCACCUUUGAAGAGGCAAUGACAUAUGGGUUCUUUGUAUAUCUCCAGAUGAUGAACACUAUGGGAGGAGAUGAUCUACCAGACUUAGAUGCAGCAGAUGAAGAGCAUGGCGCUGCAGACAGUGACGAUGAAAAAAUGCCCGACCUUGAGUAGAUGCAUACAGAUGUCAUCUCAUUAG